AAACUAUGCUGAUCAAAUUAGUAGACUUGAGGAGAGGGAGGCGGAACUGAAAAAGGAAUACAAUGCUCUCCAUUCAAGACAUACGGAGAAGUUCGCUGCGUGCCCCAGUUUGAGAAACACUGGUCUAGUGUGACUAGAACAGGGAGUUGGAGACCUGAGUUCUGUCACUGUCGUAGCUACUGAUCUAGAUGAUACACAAUUAUAUGGAACACUUGGAAAGAACCAAACUCCAUCAGCUAACAGGGGGCGAUCAGCUAGAAUCCACCCCACACAGUAGAAUUAGAAAAGAGCGCCCUAUAUCGCUGGGCAUCUUCCCAUUACCUCCAGGAGAAGCGCUGCUCACGCCUGAGGCUCAGAGAGAAGCAGGAGAAACACCUGGGUCAGAGCAUUGGAAAUUCCACGAGCUGAGUCAUCCGCGGUCUCACACCAGUCUAAAGGAUGAACUUUCUGAUGUUAGUCAAACAGGCUCAAAAUCUACUACUCCAGCAUCAACAACAGCUUCAGAUGUGCCUGUGCUACCUGCUGAAACUCUCCUGAAGGAGGAAGCUGAAGGGCUUGCAAAAAGCGCAGAUGCACUGGACAAGAAAUCAGAUGUAAGCAAGCACAUUGAAGUGCAGGUAGCUCAAGAAACGAGAACGGUGUCUAUUGGUGGUAAUGAAAAUGAAGAAAAAUCUGAAGUUCAGGCAAUCAUUGAGUCCACUCCAGAGUUGGAUAUGGAUAAAGACCUCAGUGGCUAUAAAGGUUCAAGCACGCCCACCAAAGGUAUAGAGAACAAAGCAUUUGAUCGGAAUACAGAAUCACUCUUUGAAGAGCUGUCUUCUGCUGGCUCUGGCCUAAUUGGAGAUGUGGAUGAAGGUGCAGAUUUACUGGGAAUGGGCCGUGAAGUAGAAAAUCUUAUUCUGGAAAAUACCCAGCUGCUGGAGACCAAAAAUGCGUUGAAUGUGGUAAAAAAUGAUUUGAUAGCAAAAGUGGAUGAGCUGACCUGUGAGAAAGAUGUACUACAAGGAGAAUUGGAGGCUGUAAAACAAGCCAAACAGAAACUUGAAGAGAAGAACAAGGAGUUGGAAGAAGAGCUUAAAAAAGCACGUGCAGAAGCAGAGGAAGCAAGGCAGAAAGCAAAAGAGGAUGAUGAUAGUGAUGUCCCCACCGCUCAGCGGAAGCGUUUUACUCGCGUUGAAAUGGCUCGCGUUCUGAUGGAAAGAAAUCAGUACAAAGAGAGGCUGAUGGAGCUUCAGGAAGCUGUGCGAUGGACUGAGAUGAUAAGAGCAUCAAGAGAAAAUCCAGCCAUGCAAGAAAAGAAGAGAUCAAGCAUUUGGCAGUUUUUCAGCAGGCUGUUCAGUUCAUCAAGCAAUACAGCAAAGAAACCAGAGCCACCAGUUAAUCUUAAGUAUAAUGCCCCAACCUCACAUGUUACCCCAUCAGUCAAGAAAAGAAGCAGCACCUUAUCUCAGCUACCUAGUGACAAAUCUAAAGCCUUUGACUUCCUCAGUGAAGAGACAGAAGCCAGCUUAGCCUCCCGCAGAGAACAGAAGAGAGAACAGUACCGUCAAGUGAAAGCACAUGUUCAGAAGGAAGAUGGCAGAGUGCAAGCAUUUGGCUGGAGUUUGCCUCAGAAGUACAAACAGGUAGCAAAUGGUAGUCAAGGAGAUAACAAGAUGAAGAAUUUGCCUGUGCCUGUCUAUCUGAGACCCUUAGACGAAAAGGAUACUUCUAUGAAGCUGUGGUGUGCUGUAGGAGUGAACUUAUCAGGAGGGAAGACAAGAGAUGGAGGCUCUGUGGUUGGUGCUAGUGUAUUCUACAAUGAUGUGGCAGGUUUGGAAGCAGAUGGCCACAAGCAGCGAACAGGCUCACAAAGUAGCUUAGACAGACUAGACCAAGAACUGAAGGACCAACAGAAGGAGUUGAAACAUCAGGAGGAACUGUCGAGUCUAGUCUGGAUCUGUACUAGCACCCAUUCUGCUACAAAAGUUAUCAUUAUUGAUGCUAACCAGCCAGGAAACAUUCUAGAUAGCUUCAUUGUUUGCAAUUCUCAUGUCCUCUGUAUUGCUAGUGUACCAGGGGCUAGGGAAACAGAUUAUCCUGCAGGGGAAGAGGGCUCACAAGAAGCAGAUUCCAGUCAAGUGGACAAGUCCUCUUUGUGUGGGAGUAUGACCAGCAACAGCUCUGCAGAAACAGAUAGUCUGUUAGGUGGAAUCACAGUGGUUGGUUGUACUGCAGAGGGCAUUACUGCACCACCUCUAGCUCAUGAUGCUAAUGGUGCCUCAUCUGCAACAGAUAAACAGCCAGAAGCUGCAGCUGAAAGUGGUGUGGUGGAUGAAAAUGUCCCAACAGCAGAAGAGGCAACAGAGGCAACGGAAGUCAAUGCUGGGACAGGAGAAGAUGUAGCUGAUGUUUCCCAGACUGGAGUUUACACAGAGCAUGUCUUUACAGAUCCUUUGGGCGUGCAGAGUACAGCAGAGGGUUCUCCAGCAUACCCACCUAGUGAGUCAGACCUGUAUAAAGAUGUAGCAGUGUUGCCAAAUGAACAGGAUCUUGUGAGAGAGGAAGCACAGAAAAUGAGCAGCCUCUUACCCACAAUGUGGCUGGGAGCACAGAAUGGAUGCUUGUAUGUUCAUUCUUCAGUGGCCCAGUGGAGGAAAUGUGUUCAUGCCAUUAAACUUAAAGAUUCUAUUCUCAGUAUUGUACAUGUUAAAGGAAUAGUAUUAGUUGCACUAGCUGACGGAACGUUAGCAAUAUUUCACAGAGGAGUUGAUGGUCAGUGGGACUUGACAAAUUAUCACCUCCUAGACCUGGGUCGACCUCAUCACUCUAUCCGUUGCAUGACUGUGGUACACGACAAAGUCUGGUGUGGUUACCGGAACAAAAUUUAUGUUGUUCAACCAAAGGCCAUGAAAAUAGAGAAAUCAUUUGAUGCACAUCCAAGGAAAGAGAGCCAAGUGAGACAGCUGGCGUGGGUGGGUGAUGGGGUAUGGGUAUCAAUUCGCUUGGAUUCCACACUCCGGCUCUAUCAUGCGCACACAUAUCAGCACCUGCAGGAUGUGGACAUUGAACCCUAUGUAAGCAAAAUGCUAGGUACUGGAAAACUGGGGUUCUCCUUUGUGAGAAUCACAGCUCUUAUGGUGUCUUGUAAUCGUUUAUGGGUGGGGACAGGAAAUGGUGUCAUCAUCUCCAUUCCAUUAACAGAAACUGUAAUCCUCCACCAGGGACGUUUACUGGGGCUGAGGGCUAAUAAAACCACAUCAGGUUCUGGAAACCGUCCUGGGAGUGUGAUACGUGUAUACGGUGAUGAAAACAGUGACAAAGUGACUCCUGGGACAUUCAUCCCAUAUUGUUCCAUGGCACACGCACAGCUUUGCUUCCAUGGGCACCGUGAUGCCGUUAAGUUUUUUGUUGCAGUACCUGGUCAGGUUGCUUGUCCACAGAGUAGUGGAGGAUCUGAAAUAUCAGCUGAUAAAACUGGCCAAGAAGCCUUCAGCCAGACUUCCUUGAAAUCUAUGUUGGUUAUAAGUGGAGGAGAGGGCUAUAUCGACUUCAGGAUGGGUGAUGAAGGUGGAGAAUCUGAACUCCUUGGAGAGGCUCUACAACUUGAACCUUCUGUAGCCAAAGCUGAGAGGAGUCACUUGAUAGUGUGGCAAGUCAUGUACGGCAGCGAGUGAGCCCGCUCAGAAGCAGCUGGAGACCGCAAAAAAAUUCUGCAUGUUUUUUUGUUUUAUUUUUGUGGAACCUGUUUCACGCCACGAUGUUGGAGCAUUUCUUUUGCUGUUUAACUUUAUAUCGCAAUUCUGUCAGACCUUAACUAUACAGGAAUUAGCUUGUGCUGUUUUACUGCACCAGUGUUACCUAGGUCAGUAUAAUGAAGUCCAAGAACGUUUCCGUUCCCAGAACGUGUGCAUCAUAGGAGGCAAUCCAGACGCAGUUCACUGGAUCACGACCAUCUAAUCAGCUCACUUUCUUGAUAGUUUCACUUCUGUCCAUUGAGAGAAACUUCAUUACAGCUCAGCUUGAUUUCUGUGAAACAUUUGAGUAAAACAGCAAAGUUAUUCCCUCGGCAUUAUAAAAUUACCCAGCUAAUGUCAGGUGAAUUGUUGAGAUUCAUCCAGGCAGACAUGCAGUGAGGGCUAAAAUAACUGUACACUUUCACUUUCUUUGUCAAACCCGACUAAUCUUGUUUAUAGUGGUCUACAGUUUUGGUUGCCAUCUUCAUCAAGAUUCCUGGGGAAAGAGGAGACUGUAAAGAACAAUGAUAUCGAAAUAAAAAUGUAAGGUUUUGUUUGCUGAAGAAUUCUAACAUUAGAGAGCUGCUGCCUUCAACAGGCUUUUUCCAUUCUCCUACCAUGGAUACUUGUCACAUCUCAGUGAUUUUUUUUUUUUUCCAAAGGACAUUCUUAGAUGUUGAGAUUAUUUUAAAAUUGGAAAUAAGUUGUAAAAUCCGUGAGCGGGAGAUGUGAUUUCUUUUGUUCCCCCCUUCAUGUCUUAAAUCCAUAUAUAUCCUAACCCCCAGGCGUAAUCUUCUCUGCCUGGUCAAACUCAUGAGGCACUAUGUAGUUGUGGAGGUUACAGACCUCAAUUAGAGCUAGAGAAAUGAUUGAUACACACAGGGAAAUCCGUUUGGCACUAGUGAGAUUGAAGAAGAACUUUAGCUCUAUGUAAUUAGGCACAAAAUAUGUACAUUUUAGUUUUCAUACCCCUAUUUAGGCAGUGAAGUACUGCUGGUUAGAGAGAAGACUGCCACAGCAGAUGAAAUAACACUAUAAGACUGAAUAAAUUGACAAAAGCCAGGAGAGUCCAGAAUCAAGGCUGACUCUCU